AUGGCAAAAUUGUCUUCGAAUCGAAUGGGGUUUCGAGUCUUGGUAUUCGAAGAUGUUCUGGACUUAGAAUUAUUUUCAUUAUUUUCAGUAGGAAAUGACAUGAGUUUUGAAGACAGGGUUCGAGCGACAGUUAAAGCUAAAGAAGCGGUUAUUUUCUUCAAACUUGACCAAGAGAUCGUGGGUUCAUGGGUUUGGAAAGCUGGCGAAGCACGUUUAACAGACAUGGUUAAAAGAGUGGUAGAAAUUGGUAAAUUUCAAGGUUACAAAGUAAGUGAUUCGAUUCAAUUCCAGAUACUUCAAUUCGCGGAUAAUACGAUCUUGGUGGGGGAAGGCUCUUGGAACAAUUUAUGGACUAUUAAAUAUGUUUUGAGAGGUUUGGAAAUGGUGUCAGGUUUGAAGAUCAAUUUUGUUAAGAGUAAGUUAUACGGUAUAAACGUCGAUGAACGGUUUCUAUUGGCUGGUGCCUCUUUCUUAACUUGCAGCUCAGAAAGUAUCCCUUUCAAAUUCAUGGGCAUUCCAGUGGGCGCUAAUCCUCGGCGUAGAGAGACUUGGAGACCGGUGGUGGAUGCUAUGUCGAAGAGAUUAAGUAGUUGGAGCGGUCGACAAUUGUCAUAUGGUGGUAGAAUUACGUUAAUUAAUUCGGUGUUGGCAAAUGGCGGUGGAUUUUUGGACCUUAAGAAACUUGUUCUCAUCUUUUCUAUAGAUGUAAAUUCACUCAAAUGGUGUGGAAUGCAAUUUUCAAAUGGAUGGGUUGUGGUUUUCCUAUUGGUUGAGCAUGACCUGGUUGAAUUUUGUGCUGUUUUGAAUGUGCAAAAGAUUAAGAGGGCGUUUAUUUCAAGUGAAGACAUGGAAAAACGGAUUUGCUUUGAAAAUUCUCAAGAUGAUAUAGUGAAACUUGAUGGUGAAUCAAGUGACAAUUCAUUACUUGUAAUGCAAGUUCCAGCUCAUGUGACUACAGAUCGACGAUGCAAAGCGUAUAUUGUAGCCAAGGGAAGGCAAUGCGCGGGAACGGCAAUUAGUAAUGAUAUAUACUGUUGUGCACAUUUCUCAAGUAAAAAGCGCAAAUGUGUUGACGUUCGUACUCCAAUUUCUCAAGUACCAUCUCAAGUAGAAAAUCACGUUCAAGUGCAAGAGAAUGUUAACGUUCUUACUAACCAAUAUUUUCAUGGUGAAGCAUCAAGAAACAACAACAAAGAAGAAUUAGCAUUGUCAUUUUAUGAAUGGUUGGAGGUGGAUGAGCCUAUGGCUGUGUGGUUCAAGCUUGAGUGUGAAGAGAAGUGGCAUGCAGGCAUCAAAUGUGCAAGGGCUGAUUGUCCACUAACAAUUAUAAGAGACAAACCAACUAAUAAUAAUCAGAACAAAAAAUUUGUCAUUUUUUCUCCAAAAACAAAGAAUUAUUUCUGGGUUGAUAUGCUUCUUGUUCAAUCAAUUCAUGAGUUUCCUCAACCUAUAGCAUAUGAAACUCAUCAAGAUGGAUUGAAAUUUGUACAAGACUUCACUAUUGCGCGACAAUUUAUAAUGCAAAAGCUUGCCGGCGACAUGCUUCAUCUUGUGCAUUUAAUUCAUUAUAAUGCUUUGAUAGAAUCUGCUCGAAAUGUGAUUGUUUGGAAGCAAUUUGGUAUGGAAGCAUAUAAGUGUCACACAUAUUCAGAACUUGGAAAAAUGGUUAAGAAGCUACAAAAUAACAUAAUGCAGCAAUAUAUAAAGGCUAAUUGGAAACUACAUUCUUAUGAGUCUUGGGCUGAAAGAUGCAAGAAUGCAAAUAGUGCAGAGACAAUAGAAUUGCUUGAGGAGGAAUUGAAUGGUUCAAUUUUAUGGAAAGAUGUCAGAGCUCUCUGGAAUGCACCUGUGCAACUAAAAUUGAGUUCUGAAUGGGAAACAUGGAAGCAUGAUGUGAUGAAAAGUUUUGCUACAUUUCAUUCAUUUUCUAGCAACAAUGGCACACAGCCGGAGCAUGCUUCGAGUUCUAAUAGUUUGCGACAAGCAAGCCUUCAGUUUGGCACACAAAGGCCUAAACUUAAGGUUCGUCAUGCAAAUACGCAUUCUAUUAAGUUUGGCACUGACGAUUCAUUACUUGUAAUGCAAGUACCAGCUCAGGUAGAAAAUCAAGUUCAACUGCAAGAGAAUGAGAAUGACAAUGAUAAUGAUAAUGUUAAUGGAUUGGCUAUUCAAAUAUUUGAAGAGCCUGAUACUACAGAUCGACAAUGCAGAGCCUACAUCGAAGCCAAGGGAAGGCAGUGUGCGAGAAAGGCAAUUAGGAAUAAUAUAUACUGUUGUUCGCAUUUCUCAAGUAAAAAAGGGAAAUCUGUUCACGUUCGUACCCCAAUUUGUGGAGGUAUAACUAUUGCCGGUGCUAGAUGUAAGCACCGUUCCCUUUAUGGACGUGCAUUCUGCAAGAAACAUCUCCACAAUGUAGAGAAGGGCCAAACAUCAAAUUCAAAGUGUCGCAUUCGCACUCGCACUCGCACUCUUAAAAGGAAAUUUGAAGAAAACUGCACUGACAUGGUCUUAGUACAUCCGGAAAUUCCAUUGGAAAUCAACCCGGUGUCUGUCAUCAACAGGGAUGAUUCUUUCUCCGCAAGGAACAUCAUAGGUGAAACUCUUAUGCUUUCUGGUACUGAUCGGAAUGAAAUUAAGGCUCUUCAGUGGAUAGGCUCUCCUAGCCACGGUAAUGAUCACACCGAAGACUCUUGUUUCGAUAAUGAGAAUGGUAUUCAGUGUAAGAUUUGCUUUGAAGAAUUUUCUAAUGAUAAAACACUUGGCAACCAUUGGAUGGAAAAUCAUGAAAAAGAAGCACAAUGGUUAUUCAGAAGCUAUGCUUGUGCAAUUUGCCUUGACACCUUCACCAACAAGCAGAUAUUAGAAUCACAUGUUCGGGAGAGGCACCGUGUGCAGUUUUUCGACCAUUACAUACUUUUAAUAUGUAUCCCUUGUGGUAGAGAUUUUGAAAAUAUGGACGAAUUGUGGCUACAUGUUAUGUCGGCUCACCCUGCUGAACUGAAACUGCCGAAAGCUCCUGCUCAACUUACUUUCUCUACCGGCGAGGAUUCUCUUAAAAUGAUUGAGCAGGGAAAUGAAGCUUCUUUAAACAAUAAUUCCAUUAUUCCAAGUGGUUCACAGAAGCUAGUCUGUAGGUUUUGUGGUUUGAAAUUUGAUUUAAUUUCUGAUCUCAAUCGCCAUCGUGAAGCUGUUCAUAUGGAGCACAAUCUACCUAGUUGGGUCGAAGCAUCAAAUAGGUUCGGAAGAAGGGCUAGAUCUAAUUCAAAUAGAAGAAGUCAUGCAAAGAAGACUGAACCUCAGCCUAAUAAUAGUCUUGAUAUUUUAUCAUCGACUGCUUGCGCUGAAUGCUGCCAAGACAAUCUGGAGGCUUCCCUGAAAGAAAAAUAUGGAUAUUUGCCAGCAAGGCUCAAUUUGAAAGCUACAAAACUUUGCAUUGAAUUAGCAUCAGGAUGA